AAUUAUAGUAUUGAUGUUUACAUCAAAGGAAUCAAUGCAUUUGCUGCAAUUGCAUGCUUCUACCCAAGUAUGGAUUGUUUGGAUACCCAGAAAAUUUUCCAAAUGCGGUGUGUUGAAACCCAUUUUUUGCCACUUACACAAACAACCCGCAUCUCGAGUUCAGCAUCAGCUCCCAUUUACCUCAAAAGUUCAAAACUCUCUAGUCUCAGUCACCUCUUCCAAACCUGGUUCGAUAAUCGGUGUGACAGUUCCGGCGUGCUAUAAUCGACGGCAAGCUGUUUUCCGUGACCUUGUCUUCUGUGAUCCUGAUUAUCAGUGGCAUCCAUUAAGAAAAUGGUAAAUGUAAGGACCAAGAAGUUCCCUGAUUUCUUCAAGGUCUAUGUUCCAGAACAUAGCUCUGAAAGAUUGCACAUCCCAGAUGCUUUUGUCACAUGUCUAGUAGCAGCAGGAGUGGUGCUUGAAAAAGCAAUCCUUAGAAGUCAAACCGGUAAAAUUUGGCAGGUUAAGGUCAACACAGAUUGCAGUCGUGCUUAUUUUCAUGGGGGUUGGAAGAAAUUUGUUAAAGAUCUCUCCCUAGAGUUUGGAGAUUUCUUGACUUUUAGGUAUGUUAAAAAUUCGUUGUUUGAUUUUAAAAUAUUUGGAAAAAGUGGGUGUGAGGAGAGCACAAGAACUGAUUGUGUGAAAAACAAAGUGAGGCUGGAGGAGGUGGGGGAUGUUUCCAUGAGUAUGGAAGAAGAAACUGGUGAUGGACAUGGUUAUAAAAAUGUCAGUUACACAGAGGAGGAAGAAGAAGAAAGUGAUUUUGGAGAUGAUAAUGCUGAUGAUGAGUUAGAAGAAAGCGAGCAUGAUAUGCUCGGGAAAGAGGAGGAUGAGGAAGAAGAGGUGGAACUAAGAAGUUUUGUUCAAGCAAAAAAUCCAACCUUCGUAGUAGAAUUUGCACCAGGGCGGAGGAAUGAAUUGUUUAUUAAAACCAAGCUUAUAAAAGAUUUCAAUCUGAAGCUAGAGGAGGAAAUUUCAUUUCUUGACCCAAUCGGAAGGUCAUGGCCUGGAAAAGUGAAAAAGUGGAAGGAUGGUAGAACAGUCAUAAGUGGAUGGAGAGCUGUCACUGAACAUAAUUUUAUGGAUGAACAUGAUAGAUGUGUAUGUGAAAUUCUGCUACCAAGGGAAGGAAGAGUCAAAAACGUGCGUGUCAUUAAGGUUCACAUCAUCCGUGGAAGAUAAACUUUGUACCACAAUUUUGCAAACUUGAGUCUAAAUUCUCUGUAACAGCAAGUUCUACAUGCUUUUUAUUUUGAGUACACUGGAUAUUGUUGGGUUUCUGCAUCAUUAGUGUCUUAGUCAAUCGAUGAAUGGUUGGUUCCCAAAUUGUUGAUUUCAGAAUUGAUGGUUGGCUAAGUACUACUUAAUCAAAACGUAGAAGUUUU